CGCCGAUGCCCAUGCCGCCGUCCGCUCCAGCAACCCUGCCCUUGACGUGAUCGCCCUGACUCAGCUCCAGCUGUCUCCAGGGUCGCCCGCAUUGUUGUCCCCAAGAUGUUGCGACGGCCGCCUGGCCAUGUCGCUCCCCAGCGCAAGUACCUGCUGGCAUUCGCACUGAUCCUCCUGCCCUGGCUUCCGCUUGCCGAUGCUCAGCAGCAGCAUCAGCGCCAGCGCUCGCCCGUGCCCGCCCACCGGCAGAGGUCGUCGCCGCAAGACGACCAACAUGCCGCCCCGAACCUCGCCGCCACCGCCGUGACGGGGCACCAGUCGGUCGAGACUCCGCUCGUCCAUCAGCGCCGGAAGACGACCGUCACGCGGGAGGUCGAGGCGGACGACGCUCGUCUGCGGAACCUCGCCCGUCCCCACAACAGCAAUAACAACUUCAUUCCUGACGAUGUGCGCGCCCACGCUUUGGCUCCGGACCUGUCCGUUCGAGCACCUCCUCCAUCCAACUACCGAGGCCCCUCUUCCGGGGUCGGACUCUCGCAGCAACUUGCGCGGAGCCUGGAGGACUGGGAAGUGGAAGACUUUGUGCUUCUGGCGACCGUCGAUGGAGACCUCUACGCCAGCGACCGCAAGACCGGCCAGGAACGCUGGCACUUCAAGGCUGACCACCCCUUGGUCGAGACCGUUCACUUCCGCGCCAACAGCUCCACCGUCGACGACGACUACGACCCCAUCGACCACUACAUCUGGGUCGUCGAACCCACCCGCGAUGGCGAGCUGUAUCUCUGGCGCCCCAACGAAAGGGGCGCCGGCUUGGCCAAGAUGGCCUGGACCAUGAAGAAGGUCGUCGAGGAGCUCGCGCCUUACGACGACAAGGCCAACGGCGUCCUCUACACCGGCGACAAGAAGACCACCAUGGUCACCCUGAACGCCGCCACCGGCACCGUGAUCAAGCAAUUUGGCUCCACCGGCAGUUACGUCAACAAGGUCGAGUCGGCCAGCUGCUUUGAGCCGAACGCCCUGGCGGACCGCGAGGAGGAAUGCAGCGACGAUCGCACCAUCACGCUUGGACGGACCGAGUACACCGUCAGCAUCCACCGGUCCGACGGCCGCCCGAUCGCCUUGCUGAAGUACUCGGAAUGGGGUCCCAACACGCAGGACAACGACCUCAUGCAACAAAACAUCAUCACGAAAGACAGCCGCUACGUCACCGGCCAGCACGACGGCAAGGUGUAUGGCUUCGAGUAUGGCCGCUUUAGCGAAGAGCGGCCCGUGUUCACCAAGACGCUCUCGUCCCCCGUUGCGCGCGUCUUCGACGUCCUCCACCGCUCCGGGACCGUACCCGGCAUGGACCCGGAGCUGAUCGUGCUGCCCCAGCCCCCGCUUCCCGCCAGCGAUCAGGACAGCUUGCGACUGCGCAGCGAAAAGGUCUUCAUCAACCAGACCGAGGAAGGAGGCUGGUAUGCCCUCUCGGGGAGCCGCUACCCCCUGAUUCUGUCGGCCCCACCGGCGCGCAUCGAUCGCCUCGAGUGGUGGGAGAUCAGGGACGCCUGGGAGAAGCUCACCGAGGCACAGAAGUCGCGCGUUUUGGUCGGGACGCACCAGCUGCCUGACAGGCUCGGGACGGUUGACCCAGCCCAAUAUCUGCUGGACGCGCCACCUAGUCAGCCGGCAGAACCGGACAGCCUGCCUGGGGGCGAGAUGCCCCCGCUACUCCCUUCACCUCGCUCGGAGCCGAGCGGGAUUCUCGACACGGCAAAAAGGCUGCCGGGACUUGCUGUGCUCAAAGUGUUCGAUCUCGUCAGCAAUCCUGCUGCGAUUGUUCUUAUGUUCGUCACUCUCUGGUUUCUCUACAAGGACAGGCUUGGAAGCUUCGGCCGGAAAUCGGUGGGCAAGGUUGACGUCCUCCCACCGCAAAUCGAGGUCAAUCCCUCCAUUGCGCCGCCGAGAGAGGAGCCGAGAGAGGAAGCUCCAGUGGCUGUUGUGCCGACAGAACCAAAGGCAGAGGUCGUGACGCCCGAGGCCGCCCCCACCGAAGCAAACCCUGAAAAAACACCCGAUGAGCCAAGCCCAGCGAAUCUGUCGGCAUCUCCGGAGCCGUCGCCGACUGUGACCUUCGCCGAUCCACCGGAAACAAAUGAUGGGCCAUUAGCCGAAGGAGGCGACGCCGCGGCGGCUGGGGAGCCUCCCAAGAAGAAGAAGGGGCACAGGGGUCGUCGCGGAGGCGUGAAGCAUCGGAAAGGCAACAAGGACAGGCGGGAGACUUCACAGUCUCGCGACGAUGACCCGGCGCAGGAUUCCGUCGAGGAGGUCGUCAACAAGGCAAAGACCCUUGUCCGUGAGCCGAAGCUCGAGCCGGACAUCAUCACGAUGCCCGGAGCUGCCGACGAAGUGUCCGGCCACAUUCUCAAGAUGGGCAGCCUCGAGGUCAACGAGGCCGAGCAGUUGGGCACCGGGAGCAACGGCACAAUCGUCUUCGCCGGGAAGUGGGACGGCCGUGAUGUCGCCGUCAAACGGAUGCUGGUCCAGUUCAACGAGAUUGCCAGCCAGGAGACGAGGCUGUUGCGUGAAAGCGAUGAUCACCCCAACGUGAUCCGUUACUUCGCCCAGCAAGAGCGCGCCUCGUUCCUUUACAUCGCGCUGGAACUUUGUCAGGCAUCGCUGGCCGACAUCGUCCAAAAGCCCCACUGCUAUCGAGAGCUGGCGCGGGCGGGCGAGCGCGACAUGCCCGGCGUGCUGUACCAGAUCGCCAGCGGCCUGAGCCACCUGCACAGUCUCCGCAUCGUCCACCGCGACCUCAAGCCGCAGAACAUCCUGGUCAACAUGGGCAAGGACGGCCGGCCUCGCAUCCUCGUGUCGGACUUUGGCCUCUGCAAGAAGCUGGAAGGCGGACAGUCGUCGUUUGGCGCCACCACCGCCCACGCCGCAGGGACCUCGGGCUGGCGCGCGCCGGAGCUCCUGAUCGACGACGACGCGCCGGGCUCCACAUCCAUGGCGCUCACCGAUCCCGGCUCCAGCCUGCACAGCGCGUCGGGCUCGGGCCAUGUCGGCGCCGAGGGGCCGGGACCGCACAGCCGGCGGGUGACGCGCGCCAUCGACAUCUUCUCGCUCGGGCUCGUCUUCUACUACGUGCUGACGCGCGGCAACCACCCGUUCGACUGCGGGGACCGCUUCAUGCGCGAGGUCAACAUCCGCAAGGGCAUCUACAGCCUGCAGCAGCUCGACGUGCUGGGCGACUUCGCCUACGAGGCGCGCGACCUGAUCGGCAGCAUGCUCAGCGCCAACCCCAAGGACCGCCCCACGGCGGUCGAGGUCAUGGCGCACCCGUUCUUCUGGAGCUACAAGGUGCGCCUCAACUUCCUCUGCGACGUGUCGGACCACUUCGAGAAGGAGCCGCGCGAUCCGCCGUCGCCGGCGCUCGCCCACCUCGAGGCCCACGCCGAGGCCGUCGUCCGCGGCGACUUCCUCAAGCACCUGCCGCGCGAGUUCGUCGACAGCCUCGGCAAGCAGCGCAAGUACACGGGCUCCCGCCUGCUCGACCUGCUGCGCGCCCUGCGCAACAAGCGCAACCACUACGAGGACAUGCCCGACUCGCUCAAGCGUACCGUCGGCCCCCUGCCCGACGGCUACCUCGCCUUCUGGGGCCGCCGGUUCCCCAACCUGCUCAUCGUCUGCUGGAAUGUCGUCUGGGAUCUCGGGUGGGAGAACACGGAUCGCUUCAGGGAGUAUUAUCGGCCCGUCCCGCCUUGGAGUAUGUAGCCGCGUCGCGGACAUCGUGUGGGUUGGACGGGAGGUGGAAGUGCUGGGAUAUUCUGGUUCAGUUCGGUCUGGUUCAAGUUCAUAUGCCUCAGUGGAUAUGUCCAUCUCCCUGCUUGUAGUUUUCUUGCGCGUUUUGUCCUUGUCCGCGAGUCCAGCUUUGGUUCCUUGGCCUUCCUAGGUUGUUGUUGUGGUUGGUUGAUGUUAGCGUAUUGCACUUGGAGCGCUACAGAACGGCCGACCCCUUUGUUCUCUGCGGUGCUGUGAUCUCGGUCAGUCCUGUGUUCUCUGUGUAAGAGCUAAAAACGAUGGUGGAAAUGCGCGCUGAUUCUUCUCAGUGUGGUCUCGAUGCCCGAGAUGCCUAAGUGCGACUCUGGUGCUGAGGUAAAUUUACCUACCGUACCUACCUGACUUACCUGUAAGAUCCAUCAUUCUUCCUGGUGGCCUGUGCCGCAUCCUUCAG